GUUACGCCAUUGAAGCGUCUAGUCUGUCUCACCCACAGACUGUAUAUAAAGAGGUCUCAUCCAAACAAGACGAGGUUUGUCUCGUGACCAAUGCGGAAGUAGUGGAACAACACAGCUGCAGCAGGCAGCAAAUCCAUUAUUUUGCAGAGAUGGUUGGUCUGGGCUUGGCCAAGACGUGGUUAUCUGUCCAGCUGCUGCUCCUGUGGACACUGCCCAACAUCUCUGACUGCAGAGUGUAUUUGUUUGCUCCUGCUGCCAUCACACUUGAGGAACACUCUGCAGCUAACAUCACCAUUACUUCCAGUUCCCCUGUCAACCAGUCAGCUGUGAUUCAGUUAAAUGUCACCUACAGCUCCAAGUCCAACUACACAUCUGUAAUCACAGUGCCUGAGCAGGUGUUCCUGCCACUUGAAGCAACCUCAGUCAAUUUCAAUGUGACAGCCCGUGAUGUCGGUCAGGUGACCACACACCUACUUAGCAACAACACUGACUUCAACAGCUUGUCGGUCAGGAUCCGUUUUAUGGUCAUCCGUAGCAACAUCCUGUUGGUAAUCAGUCAGGUUAUUGGCUGGAUUUACUUCCUGGCCUGGUCGGUGUCCUUCUAUCCACAAGCGUGGGAAAACUGGAAGAGAAAAAGUGUUGUAGGGCUCAACUUCGACUUCCUGGCUCUCAACCUAACAGGCUUCAUCGCUUACAGUGUCUUCAACAUAGGGCUGUUCUGGGUGCCAUAUAUAAAGGAAGAGUUUCUGAUGAAAAACCCUAAUGGAAUUAACCCUGUCAAUGCUAAUGACGUCUUCUUCAGUCUCCAUGCUGUCUUGCUUUGUUUGGUGUAUAUUUGCCAGGCUGCCCUGUAUGAGAGGGGGGGUCAAAAGGUCUCCUGGACGGCCCGGUGUUUGUUGCUAGUUGCCUGGACGUUUGCUCUAGUGAGCUUGUUUCUAGGUGUAGCAAAACAGAUCACCUGGCUGGACUACCUCUACUAUUUCUCCUACAUUAAACUAGCAGUCACUCUGAUCAAAUACGUGCCUCAGGCGUACAUGAACUACAGGAGACAGAGCACUGAUGGGUGGAGUAUUGGCAAUGUGCUGUUGGACUUCAUUGGAGGAACCCUCAGUAUUCUACAGAUGAUUUUACAGUCUUACAACAACGAUGAGUGGAUGCUGAUAUUUGGCGAUCCUACAAAGUUUGGUCUGGGCUUGUUCUCCGUGGUGUUUGACAUCCUUUUCAUGGCUCAGCACUACUGUCUCUACAGACAGCAACCGCAGUACGAGGUUGUCCCAGAGCAAGCAGACUGAUGCUGACUCACUGCUGAUGGACAGACUGCUUGCAAACGGAAUCACAAGGGAGCACAGGACUGGUUUUUGUCGGUCACUAAGAAUUAGCACGCCUGAUCAACCACCAGAUGAUUCAAGUCACCGGAGAGAAGUGGUGGUGGUUUUCAACUUAGAUAUGUAGCUGCAGAGAAGCAGCGCUGACCUGCAAGAUAUCUCAGGAUCUUCACUUGUAUUUUUUUACCACUGUAUGAAUAUUUUGUUUGAAAAAUUGAUUAAUGUUCCACUUUUAUUAAAUUCAAUCACAUGUGA